UAUUUAAAAUUUUGUAUGAUCGGUCUGUAAAACCCCCAAAAUAAAAUAAAAACGCCAAAAACUCGCCCGAAGCGCGGAAAGCUCUCGGCGCAGUGGCUACGAGCAGGAGAGUGGCGACCAGAGCGCGGGCAGCGUGCGAAGUAGAAGCAAUAGUCUGACAUAGAAGAAACGAAGUCAUUCUUGGAGACUAAUCAAGGAAGCUUCAACCGAGAUUUCUUGUUUUCUUCCUAGUUCUGUGUAAAAUAUUGUAAGGGAUGGCUCCUUCGGCUCAGCUGCAAAGAGCAAUAGCAGCUCUUAAAGCCAUGAAGCGUCUUGGGUUUGAUCAAGGGGUGUCUAAGGCAAUCUUGAAAGAACUGCUCAAAGUUUAUGGAAAUAACUGGGAGUACAUUGAAGAUGAGAAUUAUAGGUUGCUGGCGGAUGCAAUACUUGAUAGUCUGGAGGCAAAGGAUAAUGGGGCCAAUAAAAAAUAUCCUGCUGUUGCUGAUGAACUUGGAAAACCUGUAAAGAGGCUAACAGCUGUAGAUGAUCUGGGCCCUUCACAAUCUACACCUGAACAUGAAACUUAUGGUGAAACUUUUCUGAAGAAGAAAAAGUUGGUGGCAUCAGGUGAAGCUUCUUUAAUUAGCUUCAAAGGUGAAAAAGAUAAGCCUGUGGAGGCUCAAUGUUCUCAUGGAGGAAUUGGUGCUUUUUUAUCACCGGACUCCUUACCAAAAGAUGAAACAGCUGGAAUUGGAGAAAUGCAUCCUCAACUUGCUAUUAAUUUUGAAGAGCCAAGAAUUCCUUUGGAUCAUACAACUUCAAAGAUAACUAGGCGUACAAUGCGCUCGAGUUAUCAAAGAGAUGAACAAUACAUGUGUGACAGAGAAGACAAUGUUGUCGGUUACAAAGAGCCAAAAAUUGAACCAGACAUUGGAGUUCUGCAAGAAACUGCUGUCAUUACAACUAUUCUAGAUAAGCCCAUUCAUGUGACCGGCAAUGAUAUCUCAACAAAUUGUAAUAUUUCUACUGCUGUGGUAGAACCUGAUAGAGUUCCUUCAGAAAUUGCAGCUAAUGGAGAAGAAGCAAGGAAUCUUGGGGAUUCUGGAGCAAAUACUUUGAAUGGUCCAACACAUGCCUUCAACAUUCAACUAGCAACUAAUAAAGGGAAUGACGUACAAAAUGAGCUUUCAAUUAAUGUUAACAUAGUUUCCUCAAACAUGGGAAAGACAUGCCAGAGCGCUACUGUUUUGGCUGCUGAGCUGUGCGUUCUGCAGGAAGAUGUUGCCAAAUUGUCUCCUCUGAAUGAAUCUAUGGGAAGUUGUAAGACACCUGUUAUUCAUCGUAGUUUGACUGGGAGGUCUUUCAAUGGUUCACCAAAUUUAGUUUCCUUGGAAGCUAAAAGAGGCAUGAAUGGUCUACAAUCAGGCUUACAUAUUGAUGGUGAGAGUAAUGGUUUACAGGAAAAUGGUGUUUCAGAGUCCUCAAACAAUAAUGUUUCACACUGUUUAGCUUUUUUGCCACUUCAUGAGAAUGUUGUUAUUGCAUUCUCGCCCCAACAUGAUAAGCAUGACAUUGCAAAAGGAGAAGAAAAAUUGAAAAUUUCAGCUGUUAAUGAAUUCAAUAGUGAGGAGACCCCCCCUUACUUUCGUUACAUAUCUUGUAAUGCUGUUUAUCAAAAUGCUCAUGUGAAUUUUUCACUUGCUCAAAUCAGUGAGGAUGACUCUUGUAUAAACUGUUUUGGCAAUUGCUUGAGUGCUUCAAUCCCAUGUGCAUGCACACGAGUAACAGGUGGUGAAUUUGUCUACACACUAGAUGGUUUAUUGAAAACGGAAUUUCUAACUGAAUUCAUUUAUAUGAACUGCUAUAUGGGUAAACAUUUUCUCUGCUGUAAGAAUUGCCCUAUUGGGAUGUUUAGUAGUGGCUAUAAGCCUGUUGCAUGCAAAGGACAUCCUGUUAGGAAAUUUAUCAAAGAAUGCUGGAGCAAGUGCGGAUGCAACAAGCAAUGUGGCAAUCGUGUUGUUCAGCGUGGUAUAACACGCAAUUUGCAGGUCUUCUAUACUGCUAAUGGUAAAGGAUGGGGGCUGCGGACCCUUGAAGAAUUGCCUAGGGGAGCAUUCGUUUAUGAAUAUGUUGGAGAGAUUUUAACAAGAAAAGAGUUUUGUGAUCGAACUGUGCAAGGGUAUGGUAGUGCAGAGCAUACCUACACAUUAGUAUUGGAUGCUGAUUGGGGUUCAGUAGAGGGAUUGAGGGAUGAAGAAGCACUUUGUUUAGAUGCUACUUUUUAUGGAAAUGUUGGGAGAUUUGUUAAUCACAGAUGCUUUGAUGCUAAUUUGGUUGAGGUUCCGGUUGAGUGGGAGACACCAGAUCAUAAUUAUUAUCAUCUCGCUUAUUUUACUGCAAGAAAGGUGGAAGCUUUCGAGGAAUUAACAUGGGAUUAUGGGAUUGAUUUUAAGGACCUCGAACAUCCGAUUAAGACCUUUAAAUGUCUUUGUGGAAGUAGAUACUGUCGAGACUGCUGUCGUUCAAAAGGUAGAAAAAGAAAAUGAAGCUCAGAAUGAACUGCAGGGUUUCCAAGAUUCAAGAUUGCAGCGACUAGCAGCGACUAGCAGCAACAGGAUAUCUAUCUAUGCGAGAUUUAAGAAAAAAGUUGAUCUCAUGCUCUUUUCUACAGUAUUUAUGUUUGUUCCAGAUUUAAUUGUAAUUAUGGUGCUGUUCAGGACUAUUUCUGCUAAAGAAUUGUAGUUUUCUACAGGUUUUUGUUGGCGUUGAAAUGUGUAAAGCUGUCUGUAAAAGUGAGAGCGAAUAUUAUGUGUGGCAUCCGCAUCUGUAGAUUGAUGAUAUUUACCUGAAGACCAUCCCAAUACCACCAAUCUGCACCUAUCAUGUACGCCCAUAGUAUUUUAUCAUAAAGUUAAUGAGGUUAUCAGUUGAGCUCCAUCUUGUUGU